CUAAUACAGCACGUAGCACACGAAAUACACAUUCGUAAAGUGUGUUUGGUAGCGUGACUUUGUUGAGAGAAGUUCGUGUCUUUAUUAAGAUGUUCGGUUUUGUGGCGACUUGGUUUGCUGUGUUGUCAGUCCACGUCUUUCUAUCCGCAGCAGACCUAGACGAACCAGCUAUUAGUAUUAGCUGCGAUACAAGUGCCGAAGGACUACAGAAUGACAUCUCAAGUUUUGUGUGCCCGCGGGACUGUGUGUCAUCUUCCACCGCAGACGUCUGGGGCACAGGGAUAUACAGAGAUCUAUCCAGCAUCUGUAAAGCCGCCGUGCACGACGGGAAGAUUGCGGACGUCAGAGGAGGCCAGGUUGUUGUGGUAAGACAGCCGGCUAGCACCAGCUUCACAGGAUCACUGCAAAACGGAGUUACGUCGAAAUCACACACUCAUGAAGACGGCGGUUUCUCUUGGUCGUUCUCCUUCAGGAAAGUUUUUGAAACACCGAUUAUGUGUCCCGAUCCUCCAACGUACGAAGAUGCGCACGUGUACUCUGGGUCUUCACCCUACUUCUACGGAGACCAGGUGUCGUACGUCUGUGACGGUGACACGACGGACAACCCGGAGACUGGGGAGGGACCGUUCGUUCUAGUGUGUGGACUGAAUGGGACCUGGAAGGGGGACAAACCGUUAUGUACAGAUAACGGCCAACCCUCACCAUCAACCAAAACGUCUGUCGGGACUAUUGUCGGAGUUGUCAUUGCUGUAUUUGUCGUCCUCAUCGUUGUGUUAACUGCAGCCAUCAUCAUAACCAGACGAAGGUAA